CUUGAACUCCCCUGAGAUCCUGACUUCUGACUCAAGUCUGGUAUGGGGUCAUGAAUUUGCAUUAUUAAUAAGAAUCACAAGGGAUUUUGAUACAGGUAGUUCAUGUACAAGACUUGAGGAUCCCUUAUUUAGGAAAGAGUACUUAGAUAUGAUAGGGCAGUUAUGUUUUCAAAAUUAUUUUCAAGGAUUCCCAGUUGAUGCUAUUAUCCUGGAAGCUCCAUUUACCAACGUGUGGGUUGCAACUAUCAAUUAUCCCUUGUUAAAGAUUUACCGGAAACUUCCAGGAUUUUUACAUGAUGUUAUGGAUGCCCUGAGGAAAGACAAAAUAGUCUUCCCUAAUGAUGAAAAUGUUAAAUUCCUGUCUUCACCCCUUCUCAUCAUACAUGGAGAGAAUGACAAAACAGUGCCUUUAGAGUGUGGAAAAAAGCUCUAUGAAAUUGCACACAAUGCAUAUAGGAACAAAGAGAGGGUGAAGAUGGUGAUCUUUCCUCCUGGCUUCCAACACAACUUCCUUUGUAAGAGCCCCACACUGUUAAAAACUGUGAGAGAUUUCCUGAGCCAGCAGUGGGCAUGAGGUGUGAGAGCUGCGGAGAGGGAAGACUUGGUCCAAACCUCAUCUGUGAUGUGUAUUUUUUACAUAAAAAUUGUACUGCGCUGCCUGGGUGAGCUGCAGUCACUGACAUUUCCACAGGUCACUGCCAUUUUAGUAAGGGACAGCGGGGAUGCUGGGCAUUAUAGAACAUUCUCGUUUAGCCUAUCAGAGUUUACUUUGUGAAAAGUGCUGAAACGUCACUGUGGAGAAUCAGAAUUUGGUGACGACUGGAUCCCAUCUAAAAAUGUAUAGAUUCUGGGGACAUUUGUAGAUAAGAUGGUCUUUGAUUUGGACCUAGACAGCAGUAUAAGAAAGGGGCUCCAAUGUAAUUAAAUAAUUUGUAUUUCAGUUUACUUAAUCUAAAUGGCAUUAAAAAGCUCCCAGCUGUUUUCUAGCUUUCCUAAUAGCAUUGGGGAAAGUCGUAGAAUGCCACUCAGUCUGCUAUAAAAUAGUAAGAUUGGGCACUCAUGUAGUCUUUGGAAAUAGACACUUUUUCCCUAACAUAGUCAUACAUUUUCCCUCCCAAUUCCCAGGAUACUUGACUGGAUUUUUAGCUAACAAAAGUGAAACAAAAUCAAAGAAUGUUGUAAAAAUGUUCAAGUCCAAUAAGACGCUAUUUUUUCUAGGAGGAAUUUUACAACUUACUUUCCAUUGGCUUUGUGCACCCCACCGCUGGGUUCACUGGACAGGGAAAUCUUUAGGUCGGAAGGCUCCAU